UUUCUCCCAGAAUUUUGUGAACGCCCAGGAACCCAAAAUUCCAUACCCUUGGCUGGUUUUCAAUGACAAGGUUAAAGUGAAUCAGUAUUUCUCCGGGAUUCAACUGCGGUAUCUGAUUCCGUGCUUCUCUUAUUUGGAGGAAAGAUUUCUAGAGGUGGCCUGGUAAGUUUCUUUUUCCAUCUGUAGGUGAUAUUAUCAGCAAUAUCGGUUCUUGCAAAAUAUAUCCAUGAUAAUUAAUUUUCUUUCAUUUUAUUGUGCCAUAUAUUUUACUGGGAUCAUUUCCUGCUUUUGCAUCGGAUGGACACUUGAAAAUGUUGGGAGGAUACUUGGAGUUUUUCAUGAAACCUUCCUUGGCAGAUACAUAUCUAAGAUUGAAGAAUGAGCUUGAAGAACUUAUUCAAAUGAAACUUUUGAAUUCCAAGAUGGAAAUAAAAAAUCACUAUGAGCUCCUGUCAGCGGUAAGACUAUUGGUAUCAGAGGAUCAAUGUGAAGGUAGAUUUGUUUUUGGUCGCCAGGUACCAACAUCUUCAAAAAAGAUCACAAAAGAGAUGCUGCCAAGCACGCCCUUGAGAAGUAUUGAUGGUGGUGGUGAUAAUUCCAAGAACGAGCUCCAAACAUUGCUUGCCAGGGCUGGACACGGAGCACCCACCUACAAGACAACCCAACUGAAAAACAACAAGUUUCGUUCUACUGUGAUUUUUAACGGAUUGAACUUUGUUGGCCAGCCUUCCAACAAUAACAAACUUGCAGAAAAGAGUGCAGCGGGCUUCAUGCCAAUUAUAGCAACAAGCCCCAUUUAG